AUGACCACUGUAGCUGAGAGAAGUGAAUCCUCCAUUCUCCCGUACAUCACCGCCACUGGCCCGUUCUCCGAUCCUGACUACGAGCCAGGCCAGGAGGUGCUCGACUUCCUCCACACCAGCCGGAUUUUGGUGAUUGGUGCGGGAGGCCUCGGAUGCGAAAUCCUUAAGGACCUUGCGCUCUCGGGCUUCAAAAGCAUUGACGUCAUCGAUAUGGAUACAAUAGACGUGUCCAACCUCAACCGCCAGUUUUUGUUCCGCCGCCACGAUGUAGGAGCUUCUAAAGCGGAGACCGCGGCCAACUUUGUCAUGGCACGCGUUGCUGGGGUCACCAUUAACGCCCAUUGCUGCCGCAUCCAGGACAUGACCCACGCAUACUACCGGCAGUUCACGCUUGUGGUGUGCGGGCUCGACAGUAUUGAGGCUAGACGCUGGAUGAACGCGACACUCUGUCAGAUCGUCACAGACAACUCGGCCGACCCGCUGGCGCUCAUUCCCUUGAUCGACGGAGGUACAGAGGGAUUCAAGGGCUCCGCCAGGGUCAUCUUACCCGGAGUUUCAGCCUGCUAUGAGUGCUCACUAGACACCCUAGGGGUGCGGACAGUGUAUCCUGUGUGUACCAUUGCGAAUACCCCCAGGCUUCCGGAGCAUUGUGUCGAAUGGGCCAGUGUCUUGGAAUGGCCGCGCCACUGGGGCGAUGUGAAGUUCGAUGCUGACGACCCUCUGGCGGUAGACUGGAUGUAUGCCACCGCGCUCACGCGAGCCAAACAGUUUAACAUUAACGGAGUUACGCGAUCGUUAACCCUUGGGGUGGUCAAGAACAUAAUCCCGGCGAUUGCGCUGACGAACGCGGUGGUGGCCGCUGCUUGCUGCAGCGAAGCCUUCAAGUUGGUCACGGGAUGUACUGCCUCGUUGGAAAACUUCAUGAUGUACAGUGGAGACGACUCGAUCUUCACCUACACGUUCAAGUAUGAGCGCAAGGAGAACUGUGCCGUGUGUGGCUACGACAGCAAGACCUUUACAGCACAGCGCUGGUGGACGUUACAGGACUUUGUCGACCAUAUUGCGGAACAGAAUGAGGUGCAGAUGAAGCAGCCGUCGUUGGCUACGGCUCGCAAGAACUUGUACUUGCGCAAGCCGGAGGCGUUGGAGAAGGCCACCAGACCGAACCUCAGCAAGAAGUUGUGCGAUUUGGUGGAAGACGGGACUGAAGAGGUGGCUAUUACAGACCCCCAGUUGCCGAUAAGUGUGCGCUGCAAGAUUGUGUUUGCGGGGAGCGAUGAAAGAGCGGAGUUUGUGGAUGUGUAAGAACUUAUGUAAGGACUAAAGCAGGAUGAGGUAUUGGAAUGGGAUCAGAAGAAAAAAAAAAGAUCUGAAGGAGGAUCCUCUUUAAUGAGUUCUGCUGAUUGAGCUUGUAUGUUAGAAAGAGCAUUGUGUGUACAUGGUUGUUCAUCCCAGUUCGUUGGAUGUAUAAUGUAUUCCUAGAUAAGUAAUGACUAAGG